CAGAAAACAGUGAGGCUGAGUUCAGAAACUGGUCACCUUGGCAACCAGAUAACCUAAUGAGUAAAGAAUUCUGCGUACUGAUGGUUGAUGGACUGUGGUUUGAUUAUCCUUGUGAGAGUUUCUACAGAUUUGUCUGCUCUGAUAACAGAGGGUCGACUAUGACAUUUGUCUACAUUGACAAUCUCAUGUCGUGGACGGAGGCCCAGAGCUACUGCAGACUUCAUUACACAGACCUGGCCAGUGUGAGGAACAUGACAGAGAACCAGAAGAUAGAUGAGGUGGUACCUGCAGGGGUGAAGGUGUGGAUUGGCCUUUUCAGAGAUUCCUGGAAGUGGACAAAUGGAAGUACCUCCUCAUUAAGAUAUUGGACAAUUAUUGAACCUAACAAUCUGAUGGGACACGAGUCUUGUGUGGCAGCAAACUUUUUACUAAAUGCAAAAUGGGAGGACUGGACCUGUGACUCCAUGAAAGAAUUUGUUUGCUACAUCGCGCCUGUUUACAAGCAAGUGGUGAGAGUGAAUCUGAUAAACUCCAAUCCUGAUCUGACCCACCCUGAUGUGAUGGAAGCCAUGCUGAACCACAUCAAACAGAAGCUGAAGGAGCAGGGAGUAAAGGGAGACAUCAAACUGAGCUGGAGGAAGCAGUCAGAUGGAUCAGUCUUCCAAAAGGAUGACGAGGAAAUGAAGAAGAAGAGCAUCGUCUGAAGGUUUCAGGCUCUAUUGUGAAAUAUUAUCAUAUUAUUCUAUACUUUGUGUGAAUAACUCAAAUAAAGCAAAUCAUUCAAAUCUUAUUUCAGAUAACUUUAUGAAUAGAAAACUAUAAAAAAUUGGUGUGAUUACUGUCACUGAGUAAGGCUUUACAUAGUUUCAGAUGUUAGUCAUACCUUUUAACACUUAGACUUGAAGAUACAGCAGGUUUGUUGGGUAUUUGGUGAUAGGACGCUCUGUAAUUAUAAUAUUUUUUGCAGCUCAGACCGCUUUGAUGAAAUUGUGGUGGUAGGUCAUCGUUUAAUGUAAAGUGUCGUUUGCAUUUUCUUUCUUUUGCUGUUUUCUUUUUGCUUGAGUUAUUGAUUUCAAAUAUUCAACUUUACGUAUCUUUUCAACUAACCAAAGUCUUUAUUUUAAAGUCUUGACUGACUGUUGCAACAAAGUGAGCUAAAGUGAUUAAGCAAUGGAAACGGCCUGUGUGCAAACAUUAGAUGCUCUUUG